CCCUGGCUUCAGUCGUGACCGUGCGCAGGCGCAACUCCGGCUCCGGCUGUAGCAGCGGUAGCAGAGUGAGGGCAGGUAAGUCUCAGUGCUGACAGUGCGCACGCGCGUGGGCACUGCUGAGCCCCGGCCCUUGACCCUGUGUGUGGCCACGGUUUCUCUCCCGCGCGUGUGCGCACAGUGCAUGUGGAUAAGCUCCUGAGUCUGUGCCAGUAACAAGCGUUUGUUAGGUGCCCGUGCGUGUGUGUUGCCCCCCCCCAUGUCCCGCAGCCUCCCCUCCCCCCUCGGGUCUGGCCAGCGCCCCUUUCAGCAGCCCCUCCCCCAUUGCGGCGGGACCCACGCUGCCUCCUCUCCCUGCCCUCUCUCCCCUCCCCCACGGGGCGUCCUGUUGUUGCUGCGGCUUUCCUCUCCUGCCCGGGGUCCCCGCCCCCAAUCCUUCCCUGGUCACUUCUGCCUCCUCUGUACAGCCCGGAAGCCCUCUCCUGGCCGCGCCCAGCCCGUCUUUCCUCCCUCCAAGAAGCCUCUUCUAGGGUCAUUGCUGGGCUUGGUGAAAAGGCGGAGACCGCGCGCCUCGGGGUCCCGGCAGAAGGAAGGGCCGGAGGCCAGGGUGACGUCAACCCCUUAGGGGAAGGAGCUGAGCCACGCUGGGACUCCCCGCUGUCCUGCGGCUGCCCCCUCCCCCCAGGCCGCUCCCUGCCCCGCCCUGGGGAGGUUUGGGCUGCAAGGAGCCCGGGGCCCUGGGGAUGCGGCUCCUCCUGGGCUCCGAGGCCCCGGUGGGAGGUCAGGUGGUUGGCAGUUGCUGCAGCCCUGGCCGUGCUUUGAGACCCCCCUCCCCAAGGGACACUGGGGGGAUGACUUGUGGCCCGGCUCAGGCAGGGGUUUGACUUGCCGGCCCCCUGGGAGCUGGUUGUUAGUGAUCAUUGGGAAAGAGAAGGAUCUGUUCCCUCAGAACACUUGGGGUCUUCCAACUUGACUUAGCCCAGGUGGAUGUUCCAAGUGCGGGAGCCAGCCCGAAGCUGGAGGCACCAGACAUUUCUCCUACUUGUGUCUGUGGCCAUUGGUAGGGGGCCUCAGGGAGCGGGGGACUCUGGGGAAGCCAGAGGGAAGCUGCUGACAAGGUCUGCUUUGGCUCCCCACCUCCCUCUGGUGUUGUCACCUUUCCUGAGAAGGCAAGGAGGGUGGGACCACCUGUGUUCUAUUUGCACAUCAACAGCAGGGGCUUAUACUUCCCCCAGGUGCUAACUCAGGGGGCUGUGGGAUGCACCAUAGUUAGCACUUGCCCAGUGUGCUGGGGGAUGUAAUCAUGCUGAGGUAUUUAAGGGCUGGGAAGACUGGAAAGAGUCACUUCAUCUUGGACCAUCCUGGUGGCUCUCCUGCCUCCUUCUCUCCUCCACUAAAACCAAGGCUGGUCCCGAGAUCCUCCAGAGAGCUAGUCCGGACACCACCUUUUGGCACCCGACGUGGGCCUCUGGAAAGUGUAGAAUAUUUUGUCUCCCCAAUUUGGGGCUCAAGGAAGCACACUGUGUUUGGUGCCCAAGUGAGGCCCUAGAAGUGAGGCUCUGGACGUUAAGCCCUAUUCUCAGCAGCUCAACUGACAGGAUUGUUUAGCUCAGUGGAGAAGUUCCCAAGACCUAUGAAGACUCUGAUGAUCCCCAGGCAGCAGAUGGAGCCCAUGGAGGGUGUGACUUCUGGCUUUCCCAUGGCCCCCAUUCAGGAACAAGUGACCUUCCAGGACGUGGCCGUGGACUUCAGCUGGGAGGAGUGGAUGAUCCUGGAGCCUGCCCAGAGGGCCCUGCACAGGAACGUGAUGCUGGAGAACUACCAGAACCUGGUCUCUGUGGGGAUUCCCGUUUCCAGACUGGAUCUGAUCUCUGUGUUGGAGAAGCAAGAAGCAGCCUCGAGUCCCAAGAGCAGAAACACCAGUGGGUCUCAUCAAGAUGUACUUACUGAUCAUCAGAGAACUCACCCUGGAGAGAAACCCUUUGUGUGUAAGGAAUGUGGGAAAGGUUUUAGGCACAGGAACACUCUCACUAUUCAUCAGAGAAUUCAUACCGGAGAGAGACCCUUUGAAUGUGAGGAAUGUGGGAAAGCCUUCAAGGAACAUGGAUACCUUACUGUACAUCAGAGGACUCACACUGGAGAGAAACCCUUUGAAUGUAAUGAGUGUGGAAAAGCCUUCAGCCACAGACAAAACCUGAUUCGUCAUCAAAAAAUUCAUACUGGAGAGAAAUCCUUUGAAUGUAGGGAAUGUGGAAAAGCCUUCAGCCAGAGACCACACCUCAUUCGUCAUCAAAAAAUUCAUACUGGAGAAAAACCCUUUGAAUGUAAGGAAUGUGGAAAAGCCUUCAGUGAUCGAGGAUACCUUAUUAUACAUCAGAGAACUCACACUGGAGAGAAACCCUUUGAAUGUAAUGAGUGUGGAAAAGCCUUCAAUGAUCGAGGAUCCCUUACUGGACAUCAGAGAACUCACACUGGGGAGAAACCAUUUGAAUGUAAGGAAUGUGGAAAAGCCUUCAGUGAUCGAGGAUACCUUACUGGACAUCAGAGAACUCACACUGGGGAGAAACCAUUUGUGUGUAAGGAAUGUGGGAAAGGUUUUAUUCGGAGGAUUGAUCUCACUAUUCAUCAGAGAGUUCAUACUGAAGAAAAACCCUUUCUAUGUCAUGAAUGUGGAAAAGCCUUCAACUUUCGAGGAAACCUUACUGUACAUCAGAGAACUCACACUGGAGAGAAACCUUUUGUAUGUAAUGAGUGUGGGAAAGACUUUAGUAGGAACUCUAGCCUUAUUACUCAUCAGAAAAUUCAUACUAAAGAGAAGCAGAAUUUGUUCAAAUAGAGAGAUUUCAGACAGGAACCACCCACUGUCACCAGAAAAUUCAUAUGAUUUUGGCAACUCGGUAGUAGAAAAAUCUGUUCUUCCUAAAAUAAUUCAUUGUGCCUCUUUUUGGUUAACAUGCCACCUGUACUUCUCAACCUGGGCCUUUUUCAUCCCCUCCUAAUCCAACACAUGAAAAAACUGACAUUGUAUGUAUUGUUUCACACUGAGUCCACCAUAUUUGUAAAGAAGAGGGGAUGAAGUAACAUCAUUUUCCCUCAGAAUUUGAUUUGGUUUUUAUAACUUGUUUAGUCUGAUUUCUAAUGUAUUAGUAUAUUUCAAAAAUGCAAUUGAUGUAUCUAAUGUAUUGAUGUAUUUAAUAAAUGAUAUUCUCUUCA